CUCUGAGAGUGAGGCUGUUUGAACAUUUUCUCUGCCAUUAUAAAUUGACAAUCAGAAGCUCUUCACUUCAACUCUCUCUCUAGAAGCCAACCGAAUCUCAGUUCGGGUCGGGUUGGUUGUACUGCGUGGUGUCUUGUUUUAAAUGAAAUCAAUGUAGUUCGUUGUAAUAGCAACAUUAUCGGUAAUGGCGAAGAUUCAUCAAAACAAUGUCAGAUCCUUGGUCCUCGACCACCAUUCCACCGCCACCGCCAACCAUCACCACCACCGUUUCUGGACCGCCGCUUCAUUCCGCCGAAAAAUCUUCGACGCCGUCAGUUGCGGCGGCAGUUCUCGGUUGCGCCAAGAGUUUCAAGAGGAGGAUAAUAUUUCGAUCACUACAAGUUCAAAGAAUUUGGAGAGUAAAAAUGAAGAAAAGCCGAAACGACGUAGUAAAGGUUCGGAGAAGCUAUCGGAUCUUCUGAGUUUGGCUGCUGACGCGGAAAGGGAAAGUACUGAGAUUGAAACGAGAAAGAAAGAGGAGGCGUUGGAGGAGUUGAAACAUGUGGUGAAGGAGCUGCAGGUUGAAGACGAAGUGAAGCGAAGAGAAGGAGCUUGUAAAGUGAGGUUACUUGCGAAGGAAAACUCGGAAGCAAGGGUCACUCUUGCCAUGUUAGGAGCCAUCCCACCUUUAGCUGGAAUGCUUGAUUUCGAAGAUGUUGAUUCUCAAGUUGCUGCUCUCUAUGCUCUUCUGAAUCUUGGGAUCGGCAACGAUGUGAACAAAGCAGCCAUUGUCAAAGCAGGAGCUGUGCACAAGAUGCUACAGUUGAUUGACUCUCCAAAUGCUCAAAACCCUUCAGUCUCAGAAGGGAUAGUAGCAAAUUUCUUGGGCUUGAGUGCUUUGGAUUCAAAUAAGCCUAUCAUUGGAUCUUCUGGUGCUGUCCCAUUCUUGGUGAAGACCCUCAAGAAUUCAGAUGGCAAAAGUAGUUCACAAGCUAAACAUGACGCACUUCGAGCUCUGUACAAUCUGUCAAUAUUUCCAGCAAACACUUCGUAUAUUCUGGAAACCGAUUUGAUCCCAUUUGUGUUGAACACGUUGGGUGACAUGGAUUUGAGUGAAAGAAUUCUAUCAGUUUUGAGCAAUGUGGUAUCGACUUCAGAAGGUCGGAAGGCAAUUAGUGUGGUGCCUGAUGCAUUUCCGAUUUUGGUUGACGUUUUAAAUUGGACUGAUUCUCCAGGGUGCCAGGAGAAAUCAUGCUACAUUUUGAUGGUGAUGGCGCAUAAGUCAUAUGGAGAUAGACACGCUAUGAUUGAAGCUGGAAUAGCUUCAUCAUUGCUUGAAUUAACACUUCUAGGAAGCACAUUGGCACAGAAGAGAGCUUCAAGGAUUUUGGAAUGUUUGCAAGUAGAUAAGGGGAAGCAAGUAUCAGAGAGUUAUGGAGGUGAGAAUUUGAGCGCCACAGUUUCAGCUCCCAUUUUCGGAUCUUCAUCAGCAUCUACUAAUACAGGCGGGGUUACCAUAGACGAAGAAGAAGACAUGAUGAGCGAGGAGAAGAAAGCUGUGAAACAAUUAGUCCAGCAAAGUUUGCAGAACAACAUGAGAAGAAUCGUUAAAAGGGCCAAUUUGCCGCAAGAAUUUGUUCCAUCAGAACACUUCAAGUCCCUCACAGCUAGUUCAACUUCUAAGAGCUUGCCAUUUUGAUUGAAGAGAACUCGACGUUAGUCUUCUUUUCAUAAUCUUAUUACAGUCACGAGUCUUGUAGCUCUGUUAAUGUAUGUAGAAAAUUAUCUCUUUUUUCGAGUUUGUUAAUAUCUAUGAAUGAAGUAAAUCAUGUCCAUUAUGUGAGAUGGAUUUUGGCU